AUGCAGUCAGAGUUGGUGAGAGAGGAUUCGGAAGAGUUCGCGAAAAGUGUCGGAGUUGACAAAAACAGUCUAGUCGUUCUCCGAUACCGUCUUCAUGUAUUGAAUAAAACAUUUUUGGAACCGACGGCAAAAAAGUUAACAAGAAUGACUAAACUUCUCACUAAGCUCAGGAGCGAAAAGUACCGCGAGAUAGGAGCAACAUCAAUCGACGAAAUCAUUCCCGAUGGUACUCAAUGCGAAGAAGAUCGAUUACUAGCAGCACUCAAAGAACUCGAGAGUAGAGUGAAAGAACAAAAACGCAAAACUAAGAUGGCCCAAGAAUCUAUUUCAGAAGAGGCUACUUCACUUGCAUCGACUUCUCAAGAUGCAUCUACAUCACAAGAUACAUAA